CGGGACACUGGCGGUCGCAGUGCACUGAGGCCGGCACAAAGAGAUGAGUGGCAGCACGAGCCAGCGCGCCGCCGCCCUGGGGGUCCUCUUUGCCCUGAUCAUGUUGCUGAUCAUCUACAGCUCCGGCAAUGGGAGCGAGGUGUUCCCCUACAGCCGCCUGCGGGGCAGAGCCCGCCGGCCCCCCGACCUCAAGAAGUGGGGGGUGAAAAGCGGGUACCUGCCCGUGUGUGGGAACAAGACCCUCACUGCCCACUGCCACCAGUGCGUCAUCGUCACCAGCUCCAGCCACCUCCUGGGUACCCGCCUGGGCACGGCCAUCGACGGGGCCGAAUGCACCAUCCGCAUGAACGAUGCUCCCACCACCGGCUACGAGGCCGACGUGGGCAACAAGACCAGCUUCCGCGUGGUGGCCCACUCCAGCCUCUACCGCGUGCUCAAGCGGCCCCAGGAGUUCGUCAACAAGACCCCCGAGACCAUCUUCAUCUUUUGGGGGCCACCUGCCAAGAUGCAGAAGAGCCUCCUGAAGAUCAUCCAGCGCGUCAGCACCUCCUUCCCCAACAUGACGGCCUACGUGGUGUCCCCCGGCCGCAUGAAGCAGUUCGAUGAGCUGUUCCGGGGGGAGACGGGGAAGGACAGGGAGAAGUCGCGGUCGUGGCUGAGCACGGGCUGGUUCACCAUGGUGAUCGCGGUGGAGCUCUGCGAUGCCGUCCAUGUCUACGGCAUGGUGCCACCCAACUACUGCGGCCGCCGGCCCCCACCGCGCCGCCUGCCCUACCACUACUAUGAGCCGAAGGGCCCCGAUGAGUGCACGACCUACAUCCACAACGAGCGGAGCCGCAAGGGCAACCACCACCGCUUCAUCACCGAGAAGAGGGUCUUCUCCAGCUGGGCCGGCCUCUACAACAUCACCUUCUCCCACCCCACGUGGCCCUAGGGGCUGCCUCUGGAGCUGGGAUGGAUGAGGGUUCACCUGCAUCCCAUUGGGAGCAGUUGGAGCCAGGCAUCGGAUGCCUCUUACGGGACCGUUGCCUCUGCGCACGGUGGCUCCUCGCACUGGGAUGUGUUGGGGUUUGAGCUGGGGUUU